CGUUAAUUAAAGAGGUUUUCAUUCAUGCGCGUUGUUAAUUCGUAUAUCGUAUCCGUAUAAUCGUGGUUGUCCACUAAAACAAAGUUGUAAUCAUCUGUAGCGUAGACGAUCUUCGAAGCCGGACUCAUGUCAGUUUGUUUUAAUGCGGUAUACACUCGCUUUAGUUUGUAGUAGAGGCACAGUCUUUCAGCAUGUUUGACAUUUAUACAACGGUGCCCUUCACCAUUAACAGAGGAAAACUACAGAUUGUGAAAAAACUACAGUGCCAACUUCCAUAAAGUUGUGGCACUCUCAAAGGACAUACCCAUGAAGAUUUGGAGCAGAUUCAUAACUGUGGUUUAAAAAAAAAAAACAACAACAAACAAACAUCAUGGAGAUUGGUUGAAACUGCAGCAAAACUCAAACUAAGACCUUUGAUUCCUCAGUUACUAAAAAUAAUCAGUGGCAUCCAACAAAAGACCAGAAAACACAGGUCAUAAGUUGUUGGUUUGUGGUUAAUCACAGUUUAUACAUAACUAAUAGAUUGAGGAGCCAGGAUAUCAUCAAUCAUUAGUUUCUGAAUUAUUGUAUUACAACCAAUAAUUGUCAGUUUAGCCAUUGGCCUGUUGACUUUGUUAGAGCCUAUGUUAGUGACCAUGUUUGGGCAAAGGGGCAAACCUACAAGAGCUAAAGAAGGAGCUAAUACUAAGUGCUAGCUUUUUGAAAACUAAACUGUAAACCUCUCCGACAUUUUCUAACAAAGUCAUUUAAAGUCUUGUUAGUUGAACUUAAUCACCACAAUUACAGGUGAGCUGUAUCUAUUACUUUUUAUUUAUUUUUUAACGUACCAAAUGUCUGACCAAGCCAGGUGACCAAGCUGUCAUACAGACCUUUCAAUCAAAACCUGACAUAGCAGACAUCAUAGCUUGUAGUUGAGAUCUUAUUAAUGGAAGGAAAAUCACCAAAUCACUUAUUAUGGGUUACAAAUGCAAUGAAUGACACCCUAAUGAGCCCUAGAGAAAAAAUAUUGACUUAGGUUAGAGAGAAAUUCAAUGAAAACCAGAGAGUGAGGGCUUUCUGUUGUCAGCCCAACAACUGUACUUGCCUUUUGGGUUAAUAUUAUUGUAGAAUAAGUAGAGAAGUAUACUGUUGGCCUUAGCAGUUGGAUUGCACUCUCUGAAUACGCCUCUUGAUUUUAAAUAUAAAUUGUUGAAAAAAAAACCCAAACAUUUUAAUGUAGCUACUAAUGACAAAAAUACCUUUUUUUUUUAAAGUCUUUUAUUGUUAUUAGCUGGGGGUAGUUAAAAAUUGUUGUACUUGAAGUUAGAAUGGGACCUAAAAUUACAGUAAGCUGUACCGUGCUCUGUGUUCUCCUGGAUGUUGUUGUCACCACUGUCCUUUAUACUCACGGAUCAGACUUGGCCACAUUCCAAAGGGAGGUGUUCAACUUUAACAUCCUUGAGUCGUCUCUGGACUUAUGGGGGACUGUUCUGCUCAGAGCUGUCCUCCUGCUUGGAGCCUCAAUCGGGGUUUCAUGGAACAGAGAGGACGGUCCGCUCAGGGUGGCCAAAUGCAUCACCGUUAUUCUCCUCUUCUCCAUGGUCAUGAUCACCUACACCCUGGCCAAAGUGCUGAUGCUGACUGAGGUGGAGAAGACCGCUGACAUCCUGGCUCGUUGGCCCUGGUUACUGGGUCUCAUGUCCUGGACCUGUGCUUCGUCUCUUGGUGUCACGCUGCUGUGGUGGAUGCUAGGGAAGGAGUCCAGCUCAGUAUGUAGUUGCAGAAGCGGCAGGGAAGAAGGUGGCUCUGAGGACACUGAGAGACUGGUGGAGACAGCUGGUGAGGAGGGGAGUGAUGGGAGGAGGAGGGAAGAAAGCCAGGACAAGGAGAUGACCAGCUCAGGGGCUACGCUGGGACGUCUGCUGUUUUACUGCCGAAAGGAUGGCCGCCUACUGUCUGUAGCGGUGCUUUUCCUCAUCAUCUCUGCUGUGUGUGAAGCCUUCAUACCUUACUACUACGGAAAGGCCAUAGACAGUAUCGUGGUUCACCAGAGCAUGGAGUAUUUCGCAAAACCUGUGAUCACAGUAGCAGCACUGGCCUUAGCUAGUUCUAUUGCAAUGGGGGUGCGUGGAGGUGUUUUCACCCUGACGUUUGCGAGAUUAAACCUUCGGCUCAGGAACCAUCUCUUCAGAACCCUGAUGAGGCAGGAAAUUGCUUUUUUUGAUGAAAACCACACAGGUGACAUCCUUUCACGUCUGUCAGCUGACACCACCCAGGUGAGUGACCUCAUCUCCCAGAAUAUCAACAUCUUCACGAGGAGUGUCAUCAAGGGCGUCGGCUUCUUCAUCUUUAUGUUUGGUAUGUCGUGGAAGCUUACACUGGUGACCAUUAUGGGAUUCCCUUUCAUCGCUCUUGUCUCUAAACUGUAUGGCGAGUACUACAAGAAACUUACCAAAGAGGUCCAAACCACGCUUGCAGAGGCCAAUAAAGUUGCAGAGGAAACCAUCUCGUCCAUGAGGACAGUGCGGAGCUUUGCCAAUGAGUGUGGGGAGGCCGAGUCCUACUAUGGCAAACUUUUGGUCAUGUUCCAGCUCAACAAAAAACAAGCCCUUGCCUAUGCCUGCUACAUGUGGUCCAGCUGUAUCUCAGAGCUGGCUCUAGAAGUUGCAAUCCUCUACUAUGGUGGUCACCUCGUUGUGACCAACCAGAUGAGUAGCGGUGCCUUGAUUUCUUUUUUCAUAUACAUGUUGGAACUGGGAGAAUGUCUGGAGAGCAUUGCAUCAGUGUACACUGGCCUCAUGCAGGGAGUGGGGGCUGCUGAGAAGGUUUUUGAGUAUUUGGACAGGAAACCCAAACAUCCAGCUGAUGGCAAAGAGGCUCCAGAUACGUGCACUGGCCUGGUUGAGUUUAAAGACAUUACAUUUGCCUACCCCACACGACCUGAGACUAAUAUUCUCAAGGGGGUGUCGUUCACUCUGCGGCCCGGAGAGGUCACAGCCCUGGUGGGGCCUUCAGGUAGCGGGAAAAGCUCUUGUGUUAGUCUGCUGGAAAAUUUCUACCUCCCUCAGCAAGGCCAAGUGUUACUGGAUGGAAAGCCUGUUCACACCUUCCAACAUGACUAUCUCCACUCCAAGGUUGCUCUCGUGGGCCAGGAGCCUGUGCUGUUUGCCCGGACAGUGGAGGAGAACAUCACCUAUGGACUGACUGAUGUCCCCAGAGACGCCGUGGUUCAGGCCGCCAGCAAAGCCAACGCACAUGACUUUAUCUCUAUACUCCCUAAAGGCUACGACACAAGUGUUGGAGAGAAAGGCACCCAGUUGUCAGGAGGACAGAAACAAAGGGUGGCCAUCGCGAGGGCUCUCAUCCGCAACCCACGCGUACUUAUCCUGGACGAGGCGACCAGCGCUCUGGAUGCUGAGAGCGAACACAUCGUUCAGCAGGCUCUGAACAACAUUAUGCAUGAUCACACGGUGCUGGUGAUCGCCCAUCGGCUGAGUACAGUGGAGAAGGCUGAUAACAUUAUAGUGAUAGACCGAGGCUGUGUGGCUGAGCAGGGAUCUCACAGUCAGCUGAUGGCCAGUGAAGGACUUUACCACAAGCUGGUGCAGAGGCAGGUCCUGGGCAUUGAGACGGGCACGGAGGUCCUCAACCCUCAUCCAAACCUCCACUGGAAAUCUGAUGGAGGAGGCCAGCGGAGAAAACAAAGUAGCAGUAGCAGCGAGUCUGAAUUUAACGCACGCUACUGAAAAUGAGCUUUAACGUGGGGAAACGUGGUUAGGCUGCUAGUAAAUUUUAGUUUAAGGGAAAUAUUGCCGUUAUUUUGCACAGAUAUAAAGUUCUGUAAACUUUGACCAUUGCUUUCUUUAUUUUAUUAUACAUUUUUUUAGUAAGGGUAGGAAACGCCCUCUGCAGAAUUUUUGGCUGAAGACCUAAAACACUCCCCUUAACUCAAGGAUGUUGGCGUAUUUUUACAUGAAGUCUAAUGGAAAUUGGCAUCAACAAUCUUAAUUGCCUUGAUUAGUAAGUGAUAAUAUUUACCUAUUGUGAUUAUUAUGGCAUAUGUUGAGUUUGUAAGGUGAAAUAUGACUUUAAUGAGAAUGGUCAUUCUUUUUCCAUUUAACUCGUGAUUUGUAGGCCAGGCCAUCUUUGUAGCACCACAGCAGAUUUUUAUGAAACAUCAAAAAAUUCUGGAUAUUGCAUGCAGCCAUAACAUCAAUUUUACAAUAUCUUGAGUAUUUGUUACCAAUGACCGGCUGUAAAUAUGGAAUCAAAUCUAUCCAAUCAUAACAAUGUGGUGGCAUGGAAAUCAGAAGAAAAUUAAUAAAAGGAUAAUCUGAGGCUAACUUUCACUUCAAUAUACUAAAAGCUGUGUGACUGAUGUACUGUAUAAGCUUUAAGUACCUCAUAAUUCAGGAUUUAGGUGUGCUUUUAUACUGUCUUCACUUAGGUAUUGAAUGAGUUUCAUGGUGUGUGUGUCUUUUUUUCAAGGUUAUUUAAGAUUUAAGGUUAUGUAUUUUAUUAUUUGUAACUUAAUCAUGUAAGCAAUAUAAUGCCUGCAAAGAAAAGAUAGGUGCCUUUGUCUGUGGAAUGAAGUGGAUAGAAGGGAUUUUUGUUUAUAAUAAUGAAAAAACCUAUAAACAACCAUGCAAAGCAGUGUAUAUGAAAAAUAAAUACAGGGAAGAAGAACUGUCGUCAAGUACAAGUACUGGAUUAAUCUGUGUGUUGCAUUCAGGGUCUCUUUGUAAAUCCCACACUUUCUGUAAACACAUGAAUAUACUGUUUUAUUUGCA